GGCUGGAAACUGGUGUUUACAUUACACAAACAAUGGCUGCAAUUGAAGCAGUAGCAUCCUCUAUUUUCUCUUCUCCCCCAACUUCCUACAAAUUCCCAUUGCUUCCCAGUUCUUCAAUUAGACUUCAAAAUUCCACACAUACCCCUACUCUUUCUCUCAAAUCCAUUCUAUGUCCCCAUCCUAUUCCUUCAAGAAAACAAGAAUGGUCCCAACUUCACUGCUCAACAGUUGAAGUCACUGAGGAAGUAACAGUCCAAGAAGAAAAAACCCAAAAAAGUAAUGAAAGAAGAAAGCUUUUUGUUCUAAACUUACCAUGGUCUUUAACUGUUCCUGAUAUCAAGACCCUCUUUGCUGAAUAUGGAAUUGUUGAUGAUGUUGAGAUUAUAAAGACCAAAGAUGGAAAGAGUAGAGGCUUUGCCUUUGUGACAAUGUCUACUGGAGAAGAAGCUCAGGCUGCUAUUGACAAAUUGGAUUCUUAUGAAUUAUCAGGAAGGAUCAUAAGGGUAGAAUUUGCGAAGCGAUUUAAGAAACCUCCAGGAGCUCCUCCUCCUACAACUCCUCCUCGAGGGGAAACACGACAUAAACUUUAUGUUUCUAAUCUUGCAUGGAAAGUGAGGUCUACCCAACUGAGAGAAUUCUUCUCCACAAACCACAAUCCAGUUUCAACUAGGGUUAUUUUUGACAAUGCUUCAGGAAGAGCUGCUGGGUAUGGUUUCGUAUCAUUUGACACAAAAGAAGAAGCAGAGGCUGCACUAUCUGCUUUAGAUGGAAAGGAACUGAUGGGCCGGCCAAUUCGCUUGAAAUUCAGUGAAAGGGAUGCUGAUGGAUCUGAAAAUAAGGAAGAAACACCAACUCAGGAAAAUCCCGAAGAGCCAUAGAUGGACUCCCUUAAUUACACUUCUAUGGAUCAUCGAGGUCCUGUUUAAACCAGACUAUUCUUCUACUUAUGCACAUAGUUGAUAUGAUUGUCACAUGAUAACCACAUUUUUUGUAGACUCCAAUCUUUUUUGUUUGGUCAUACUUUGGUGACCUUUCAUCCUGUUUCCUAGUUUAUUGGUUUCUGAAAUGUCUCUGA